AUGAGUAGCAGCAGUUACUACGACGACUAUCUGGACGACUAUGAUCUAGACAGCUAUGAUCUAGAUGACUACAAUCUAGAUGACUAUGAUCAAUAUCUCGAUGACUACCUCGACGACUACUCUACCACCACAGGUCCCUAUCCAACAAAGACCUACGACUACUCGGACUAUUACACCUCGACUGGGGAGAGCUACCCUACGGCGACCUCAAGUAGUUAUGAUGACUACCUAGAUGACGACGACGACGACGACAGCUCCAGUUCUUCGGGCUCUGGCUCUGGCUCUGGCUCUGGCUCUGGCUCCUCGGGCUCCGACUCUUCGGACAUCACGUCGUCCGACUUUGACUGGGAUGAUCUCCCCACUAACGGAGACCCUUCCCUUGGUGGCUCUGGCACGGGAAGCUCUGGAGGCGGCCUACCUAGCGGCUAUGGCGCCUAUGGUGCAUAUGGUGGCUCCGAUUUGUCCAACCAGAAGACAUCCAAGACCUGCGUUUCUGAUGCUGCCUUCAAGCAGAACGCACCGAAGGUUGACCUUGCCUUUGACGUAAUCUUCCUUGUUCUUUUUCUUGCCCUUGCCGGCGUCGCGGGGUUCCGCUUGCUCAAGAGCAAGCAAAAGGGCUCGGCCAUUGGAAAAUGGUUCCUGUUCCCGAUCUCCCUUUUCUUUGCCAUUCUAUAUAUCCUCAUUGACAUGAUUACCCUUAUCCUCUCCCAAUGCGUCAUGAUGCGAACCGACAAAUACCAACAAGCACUUACCGCCGUCAAGUGGUUCGAUAAUCUCUCGAUAUACCUACUCAUUGUGCUGAUCCUGCUCCCCAUUUGCUUGAAGCUGCAGGGUAGCGGAACAUUUAAGACCAUUACGCUGUUCGGACAUGGCGCCUGGUUGGCAUUGUGCGGCAUUUUCCUUCUCGUUAGCCUCGCCUGCUUUUCUAAAAUCCAAACUGCCAUGUACAAAGACUUCGAGGUUCCCAAGGCGGACUUUAUCAAAUCCACCAGGGGUGUCACCAUGACCUACUACGUCUUCCUAUUUCUUGCUGCUCUUCUGGCCACCGCGAAUAUGGCUCUUGCUCUGUUCCGCCGCGCCAACAUUCGCAAGGGACUACUUUUCAUCAGCAUCCCAGCCCUCAUUUUGUCGACUCUAAUUCUAACCCUUGUCCUCAUGGGCGGGUUCGCGGACCUGGAAUAUGGCAAGAAAGACCGCAAGGCAGAGUACUACGAAAAGUCCGAGGACGCUCAAGUCUUCCUCAAGCGCUUUUUCUACGCCGCCGCCUUUGUCAGCGCGCUUGUGAUUGCUGGCGCCCAGGUUCCAGCCGAUGACUCUUCGCAGGCUGCACCUGUUGCCUCCCAGCCCCAGCAGCCCGCGAACCAAUAUCCUCAGCCUGCCCCUCCUAUGGCCCAGCCUGUGAGCCCGUAUCAACAACCCGUGUCUCCAGUUCCGACCCCGCCUCCCCAGCAACAGUAUGCCCAACAACAGUAUGUAGCUGUUUCUGGUCCUGUACCAGCACAGGCACCGGCACCCGCGCCCGUCCAGUACGGAGGUCCCUCACAGGCUGCAUAA